UUUGAAUAUUGUACACAUGUUUUAUCAAUAAACUAGAGUAGUUAACACUACAAUCUAUAUACACAAAAGAUUACUUGUUUGUUGAACGUUUCCGACGGACUCGACUCAUACGAUGGCUGGAGAAGCCAAUGAAGCAGAUAAAUUGUAUGCAAAUGAAGAGACGCCGUCACAAGUCAAAUACAAAGAUCCUUAUACAGCCCUUUGUUCAACACGAUGGAGUAUGGCUGCUUAUAUUUUUCUAUGUUUCACACUGCUGUAUACACACCGCGUAAAUUUAAGUCUUGCAGUGGUGUGCAUGGUAGACACCACACUUGAAGAAACAACGGCGUUAAAGGGUGAACACAGUGGAACCAGACCAUGGACUCAUAUUUCUGAAGAAGUGUCCCCAAAGAAUAGCCGAGGUAAUAACUUUACGUUCCUGGUAAAGAAAGACAACUCCUCUCUCAAUGUGAUUGAUACUGAAUGUGGCGCUAUUGUAUCUAAAGACAAAGUGGAAUGGUCACCAGAGAUCCAUUGGAAGAAGUCAGAAAUAUCCAUACUACUAUCGUCGUAUUUCUAUGGCUCGUUUUUUACACAAAUUUUAUCCGGAUACAUAUCAGACACAUUUGGCGGGAAGCACGUGAUAACGGCGGCCAUGUUGAUAAGCACAAUAUGUUCAUUGUUGACACCAAUUUGUGCAAGAACCAGCCUUGCACUAGUGUUUGUUAUAAGGAUUAGUGUUGGUCUCGCAGGGGGUUCCGUUGUUCCAGCUGGUAUGUCAAUGAUAUAUUCUUGGGGUACACCCAACGAACAGCCACUCAUGAUAGCUGUCAGCGCUUCAGGUGCGUUUACGGGAACCAUUGUUACAUUUCUAACAUCGGGCCUUCUGUGCGUGUACGGGUUCGAUAACGGUUGGGGAUCUAUUUUUUAUAUACACGGGUGCAUAACUGGGCUAUUUACAUGUUUGUGGAUUUUCGAAGGUUACAGUCUGCCUUCACAUCAUCCUAGAAUUUCUGUCAAAGAACUGGAGUAUAUAGAAUCAUCUAAAAGACACGUGACAACAAAUCAACGACCAAAAAUUCCAUGGAAACGUCUGCUACUAGCGAAACCACUUUGGGCAACAUUUAUUGCACAUUUUUCUUUCAACUGGAGUUUCUUCACCAUACUUAUCAACAUACCAUUGUUCCUAAAAGAAGUGCUCAAGUUUGAUGUUACAUCGAAUGGUCUGUAUUCAGCAUUGCCGUUUAUUUUCAUUAUUAUUUCAUCAUUAGCAUGUGGGAAGUUGUCAGGGAUCAUCAUCAAAAGAAAACUGAUUGGCCAUCUGGCUACAAGACGAUUGUUUAGUACAGCAUGUCAAUUAGGAAUGGCAACUUGUCUCGUAAGUGCCGGCUAUGUCUCAUGUCAGGUCCGCUAUAUUGCUGUGAUACUUCUCUGUCUUGCCUGCACAUUCGCAGGUUUUGCAUAUGGAGGGUUCUUAACAAAUCAUCCGGAAUACGCUGGACAGUUUGCAGGAACAGCUUUUGGUAUAACAAACGCCGGAGGAGUUGUUGCGUCAAUUGUAGCCUCAAUAAUGGCUGGAGUUCUGACUCCGAAUGGUUUACAAGAAGAAUGGCAGCGUGUAUUCUUUCUAUCAGCUGGUAUCAACGUUAUAGGUACAAUCGCCUUCCUAAUAUGUUCUGAUGUGUUCUUACAACCAUGGGCUAGAAAUCAUGAUGACAUCACAAUAGAAAUUGACAAUGGUGAAGAGUUACUACAUGUUAAGAAGUUUAAUAAAGAAGUUGGAAUAUCUGAACAAGAUAAAACUGACGAUCAGGAUGAAAUAUCACCGGUUAAUGACACAUGAUAAAUUAAAUUUAAAAUGUUUAUGAUGUAAAAAUGUAAAAUAUCUCAGGAUAAGGACAGAAAACACAAGGACCAUGGUGACCCUUCAUUGGUCCUGCAUUGCUCCAGAGUGGUCCCAAUUUUAAUUCAAGGGCUAUAAUUUAUGUAGCUUUUGUACAUGACCACUUGACAACACUACAUGUCAAAUAAUCUGUAGUACUUGAAGGUUUUGAGGUGAGCAUUAUACUUAAACUUUCUUAUACAACUCUGUGUUAUGAAGUGACCUUGAGGCGGUACAUUUCUUACCCAUUCUUUCUUUAGAUAAUGCUACAUGUUUCAGACUAACAUUCUGAUACCAGUCAAUGUAAAGGUCUCCAGGAGCAUUAUGAAUAUAUAUUAUUUUUAAGAGAACCACAAUGUAAUGCAACAACAUGUUUGGGCAUUGAACUUAGUAGUGUCUGACAACAUGUAUAUAUAUGUAAUUUCCUUAACCUAUGUAAGAUUAUGUGACCUUGGCCAUUAUUAUUCACGCAUUUUGUAAAAUGUAUUUGAAAAUAAAAAUUUGAAAAUAAACACGUAAAUUCAACAAGUAUCUAACAAAGCUUGAAGGUGGAAUAACCAGAUGUAAUACAAAGUGUUAGUAAAGAUAUAACAAGUGCAUCUAUUUUCAAAAUA